GCCCACAGUCCCGGGAAACACGGAAGCAAGAUCCAAAACCGACUUUUUCCUUCGAUUUACAAAGGAAAAAUUUUCGAGUCUGAACCUGGAAUCACGUUUCAAGACUAGAAGUGGGAAAUUUCGUAUCCAGGAAACUUCUGUUGUGGUUUCCUUUGUCUAGGUCCUAGGAAGAAACUGAAGCAAAAGCAGGUCCAGCAGGGUGAAAGGCGACACAGUUUUUCUAGAUGCUGGUGUGGCUGCUGAUUAGUUUUUACUCCGGAGUUGCAUUGGGAUUCCGAGGACCACACCAUCCGCGAAGCAGCGUCUCUCAUCAUCAUUAUUCACCUCAAAAAGAGGUGAAACUUACCCAAGAUGCUGAAUUACUACACGAUGCAUCUCACUUAAAAGAAGACAUGGGACCGUUGGCGGACAAAUUAGAUUUAUCAAAGUUGUCCGAUCAAGAGUUGGAAUUUUAUUAUUUCACGCUCCACGACGUUGACAAUAAUACCAAACUUGAUGGACUCGAAAUUCUUCACGCAAUUCAGCACACUCUUCACGAACAUGAUGACGAAGGAGACAAUAAACAGUUGAGGGAUUCUCAGCACAAGGACGGGGAAGACGAUUUACCUUGGAUUGUAGAACUUAUAGACAGGGUACUCGCAGAAGACGACCUGGACAACGACGGAUACUUGGGAUAUAUUGAGUACAUGCUUGGAAGACAGCGGAACCCAGGCGACGAAGCCUCAAAGGAUAGAAGAUUAAAUAUCUAAGUACAAAUAAGCAUUUAU